AUGACUGUAACUAGUAAAAUGAAUAGUGUUUCCCGCCAAUCUCUGCUCAGCCGUCUUGGACCUGGCGGGCUCCUUUACACCGCUAACAAAAUACUAGCGGUUGCAUCUGGUAAAGAUGAAGAACGCUGGCGUGGGAAAGAGGAAGGCGCUCUGUUCAAGCGAUGGAGACGCCACGCCUCCUCGGAAACUUCUCCUAUAGUGUCUGCCCCUACAUCACCAUCCCAACCUUCGGAUUUGCUGAAAUUUUUGGCUAUUAAUGCACUAGAGUUGUCCGCACCGGCCUCGGAUGCGCUACUCAAGACUCGUUCUUCGGAAUGGUUCCAACUUUCCGGUCACCCGGGAUCUUUAGCACCCGCAGGACCUGGCACCGUUUGGAAACGCCGUUCUCCCGGCGACCACCCUUCACAUAACCCUGAACGUGACGCUUACGUUGCCCUCGCAUCCUGUCCCCACAUGCGGUCUGCCAUCCCACGUUACUACAGAGAACUGGAAUACGGUGGUGAACAUUUCAUUGAGCUUCAAGACUUAUUACACGGCUUCCGCGACCCUCACGUUAUGGACAUCAAAAUGGGAACCCGGACUUUCCUUGAAGAAGAAGUCAGCAACGCUAGGGCUAGAACCGACCUGUAUGAGAAGAUGGUCCGCCUCGAUCCCAAUGCUCCGACUGAAGCAGAGCAUACUGUGCGUGCCGUCACCAAACUAAGAUACAUGCAGUUCAGGGAACAAUGCUCCUCUUCAGCCGAGCAGGGAUUUAGAAUUGAAGCUGUAAAACUACCAGGACAGCCUCCAUUAACUGAUUUGCAGAAAGUAAAAGAGCCAGAACAUCUGACCGCUACAGUGGCCAAGUUCUUCGCUCGCAAUGAGCGCGCGCGCCGCUCAAUUGCUGCCCGUCUCCGCGAAAUAAGGGAACUUUUCGAAAACUCAGAGUUCUUCCGGACGCACGAGAUCGUCGGUAGUAGUAUAUUUAUAAUCUACGAUGAUGAGCGCGUCGGGGCGUGGCUAAUCGACUUCGCUAAGACCCGACGUCUUCCUGAGGGUUUGAGUGUAACGCAUCGCGAACCCUGGGAACAAGGAAGCCACGAGGAGGGCUUUCUGUACGGACUGGAUAGACUGAUAGAGACUAUAGAAACGGCUAAAUUACCUGAAGUGUCUCGUUGA